AUGGUUCUGGUGGCCAUACUUACGGCUUGCGUUAGCCUAGUCAGGAAUAUUUUGCAAGCCUUUUUCUACUUUAUUAUUCCACGUCCAGCGAUUACUGAUCCUCAAGCUAAUCGAAUAAGGGAUUCGCGAUUAACAGCACAAUUUAUAGAAAAAUUUGAACAAAAAUAUGGUCGUACGCAUCCAGACUUUUUUCAAGGGGCCUAUUCUCAGGCCUUAGAAAGAGCAAAAAAUGAUCUUCGUUUUGCUAUGAUAAUACUGCAAGCUGACGAACAUGAUAAUACAAAAAAAUUUAAUCGUGAUACAUUAACUUCAGAACUAUUGAUAUCGUUUCUUCGAGAAAAUGAUGUUUUAGUAUGGGCCGGAAAUAUAAAAGAUCCAGAAGCAUUUCAAGCGACAACAUACCCAUUUGUGGCUGUGAUUGUUCUUGCAACGCCUCAUGGGAAUAACGGGACUAGUCCAAAAAUGACGGUGGUGGAUCGUAUUGAAGAUUCAGCACGCCAGAUUCGUGAACAACAAGAUAACGCAUAUCUUGCAUCGUUGCAGGCUGAUCAAGCAAAAGAACGUAAAGCACGAGAAUUAGAAGAAGCAAAAAGAUUGGCAAGUGAACGUGCAAAAAGGGAAGCAGAAGAGCGCAAAUUGAUAUUGGCAAAUAAAGAAAAAUGGAGAAGAUGGGCUUUAACACAAUUACCGAAUGAACCCAAUCAAAAUGAAACAGAAGUUGCAAGUUUAAGUUUCCGACUAUUAAAUGCUGAUAUUCAGCCACCAAAAGAUUAUGAACAUAAUUUUGAUUUCUUGCUCGUUUCAUUUCCACGAACUGUACAUCAGGCAGAUAAAUUCAAGACUAUCAAAAAUGAAAAUGGGCUUUGGCCGUCUGCUAAUCUCAUUGUUGAAAGUUUAACAACUGAAGAUGAUGAGUGA